AUGACUAUAAAAGUGGUGAAUAACGGGUCGGCCAAAACUGGCCCUAAUGGCCAUACCGGGGUCACCGGUGAUACUACAUCACCGGUAGCCACACCGGCCUAUAAGCCAGUAAUUAAGUAUAUGAAUAGUCAUAUGAUAGUUAUGCCUGUUGUCCACUUGUCCGCCAUUUAUGGCCUGUAUUUGGCGAUAACUGUGGCCCAGUUUAAGACCAUAAUGUUUAUGAAUAUAUUGGCGAUUUUGGCAUCGUUUGGUUUUUUGGUUGGAGGUCAUAGGCUAUGGUCGCACCGGGCAUUCAAAGCCAAACUCCCGCUACAGAUAAUACUAAUGAUAUUACAGACACUGGCUUUUGUUAGCUCUAUAUACGAGUGGUCUCGCGAUCAUCGGCUGCACCACAAACACAGCGACACCGACGCCGACCCAUACAACUCCCGGCGCGGCUUUUUCUUCUCACACAUCGGGUGGCUUUUCUACCGCAAACACCCCGAUGUUAUUGCUAAGGGCAAAACCAUCGAUGUAUCUGACCUACUCGCCGACCCAGUGGUCAGUUUUCAGCACAAGUAUUACUAUUUGUUGGUGUUAUUGAUAUGGGGUUUAGGGCCGGCGUAUGUGCCCUAUUGGUUGUGGUCGGAGUCGUUGUGGUGCUCGUGGUUUGUGGCAGUUAUGCUCCGCUACUGUAUAUCAUUGAACUUGAGUUGUUUGGUUAACAGCGCCGCACAUAUGUAUGGCAUGAAGCCGUACGACAAAACUAUAGGUGCCGUUGAGGCAAAUGUUAGGCACUUUUUGAACGGCGCCGGCUUUCAUAACUAUCAUCACUCGUUUCCACAGGAUUACUCGUCUUCAGAGUUUGGUGCGAUCGACUCAUUCAACCCGUCGACGGUAUUCAUAGACACGUUUGCGGCCAUCGGUUGGGCCUAUGAUCUGAAAAAGCCGUCCCUCGAUGUGAUGAAUGGCCGUCGGAUCAGAUGCGGUGAUAAUAGUAACCAAAUAUCCAGAUCCCGGCUGUCGGAGCAAAUCGUGGGCUUAAUUGCAAUAUUUAUGCCCUUUUUGGCCAUAACUAUACUC